AUGGCAGGGCCUGUGCCCACACUGGGGCUGCUGGCUGCCCUUGUUGUGUGUGCCCUCCCAGGCAGCUGGGGCCUGAAUGAGGAACAAAGGCUGAUCCAGCACCUGUUCGAGGAAAAAGGCUACAACAAAGAACUUCGGCCGGUGGCUCGAAAGGAGGACACAGUGGAUGUCGCCCUAAGUCUGACCCUCUCCAACCUCAUCUCCCUGAAAGAAGUGGAGGAGACCCUCACCACCAACGUGUGGAUAGAUCACGCAUGGAUAGACAGCCGGCUACAGUGGAAUGCCAACGAGUUUGGGAACAUCACCAUCCUGCGCCUGCCCUCUGACAUGGUGUGGCUACCAGAAAUUGUACUGGAGAACAACAAUGACGGCUCAUUCCAGAUUUCUUACGCCUGCAAUGUGCUUGUUUCUGACUCGGGCCAUGUGACCUGGCUGCCACCCGCCAUCUUCCGCUCCUCCUGCUCCAUCUCGGUCACCUACUUCCCUUUCGAUUGGCAGAACUGCUCCCUCAAAUUCAGUUCACUCAAGUAUACAGCCAAGGAGAUCACACUUAGCCUGAAGCAGGAGGAGGAAGAUAACCGCAGUUACCCCAUCGAGUGGAUCAUCAUUGACCCUGAGGGUUUCACAGAGAACGGUGAGUGGGAAAUAGUGCACCGGGCAGCCAAGGUCAACGUGGACCCCAGUGUCCCAAUGGACAGCACCAACCACCAAGACGUCACCUUCUACCUCAUCAUCCGCCGCAAGCCGCUCUUCUACAUCAUCAACAUCCUGGUACCCUGCGUGCUCAUCUCCUUCAUGAUCAACCUGGUCUUCUACCUGCCAGGCGACUGUGGAGAGAAGACCUCAGUGGCCAUCUCAGUGCUCCUGGCCCAAUCUGUCUUCCUGUUGCUUAUCUCCAAGAGGCUGCCAGCCACAUCCAUGGCCAUUCCCUUGGUAGGCAAGUUCCUGCUUUUCGGCAUGGUGCUGGUCACCAUGGUUGUGGUGAUCUGCGUCAUCGUGCUCAACAUCCACUUCCGAACACCCAGCACGCACGUGCUGUCUGAGGGAGUCAAGAAGUUCUUCCUGGAGACCCUGCCCAAGCUCCUGCACAUGUCCCGCCCAGAAGAGGAAGACCCGGGCCCCAGGGCUCUCAUCCGGAGGACCAGCUCUCUGGGAUACAUCUCCAAGGCAGAGGAGUACUUCUCACUUAAGUCCCGCAGUGACCUCAUGUUUGAGAAGCAAUCAGAGCGGCAUGGGCUGGCCCGGCGCCUCACCACAGCCCGCAAGCCACCAGCAAGCUCUGAGCAGGUCCAACAGGAGCUUUUCAAUGAGAUGAAGCCAGCCGUGGAUGGGGCGAACUUCAUCGUCAACCACAUGAGGGACCAGAACAGUUACAAUGAGGAGAAGGACAACUGGAACCAGGUGGCCCGCACAGUGGACCGUCUCUGCCUGUUUGUGGUGACGCCCGUCAUGGUGGUGGGCACAGCCUGGAUCUUCCUGCAGGGUGUCUACAACCAGCCCCCGCCCCAGCCUUUCCCUGGGGACCCCUUCUCCUAUGAUGAACAGGACAGGCGCUUCAUCUAGAGCAGGCAUGAGUAAAACAGUCAGGCAGACGGCGGUCUGAGAAUUGCAAUUAGUUUCUGCCCUUGAGCUUGUGCCUAUCUGGGGCUGUGCGGCUGGGCUGAGGUCAUGGGAAGAAGAUCUCCCUCCCAGGAGCAAUUCCUUUCUAAAUAAAGGAGAGAGACACUUGA